AUGCACCAUUCGUUAGUUAUUGUUCGGUUUCGAACAGGAGAAGUGACGAUGGAGAACAUGGUUAGACUGUAUCAUUCUCCUUGCAUGAUUUGGUCAUCAAACAUGCAAAUACAAUCUUUCUUUGUUAUGGACGCCUGGAUCCUUGUUCCUGAUGUGGAGUCAGGUUUUACCAAACUCCUGGAUCUCUGCAAGUGCACAGAUCGCGGAAGUAUGGGUAUCGAACCAAGGACUGGCUACUCCUCAGGUUUUACCAAACUCCUAGACCUCUGCAAGUGCACAGAUCGCGGAAGUAUGGGUAUCGAACACAAGGACUGGCUAUUGAGUACACUUUGA